AGUAGCCACCAUUUGCAAACAUGUGUCUUCAUUAAUCUUCUUUGAUAUGUACUCCAUUUUUAUGACUAACAAUAGAAAGAGAUGGAAGGUUUACCCUUUACACACAGUUUUGUUUCGUUUUAACAUAUACAAUUUUUUUACCCUUUACACACAGUUUUGUUUCGCUUUAACAUAUACAAUUUUUUUUAGCUCAUAACCCAUUUUUUCGAAGAUUUCCAGAAAAGAUACAAGGUAGUACUAUUUUUUUUAGUCAAAGUUCCAUCAUAUUGAUGGAGGAGUUAGGCAAGUCUCUCAACUUGUUCAUUUCAAAAAUGAUAAUUACACGGAGGAGGACAUAAAUUUUAGCCUCGCUUACAUGAUGCAUUUAGAUUGAAAGACUCCAAUCUAAUAGCUACCAGCUUAGAGUACAUGUACAAAAGAUUGAGGGACUCCACCCUAUACAAAGCUGAGUUUUUGGAGUGUAAACUACUACUACAGACAAAUAUGCAGCUAUAUGCAAUCCAUAGUAAUCAGGUGAUGCCUUCAUUGAUACAAAAGUUGUUCUUCUUUGGUCUAAACCUGAAGUUAGGCAUACUAUCUUGAUCAAACAGCAAAGAAGCUCUAACCUGAUUGAGAAGAGAAACAGUUUCAUUGAAGAUAGUAAGAGAUUUGUUAAGGUACGUGCUACUUAUUAGACUAUUAAGAUACAAUAACAGACUAUUAAGUAGAUUAAAUAUUGAGGUGCCCAUAAAUUGAUCCGGACAUGUUGAUUUAAUUUCCCCAACCUCCUUGAAGUUGUUCGUUCAUCUUUAACCUUGGCCUUUUAGCAACAUUUGACAAUAUGUUCCGGUACCAGUGCCCAUGCAGUUCCAUGUUGUCAGCUAUAAAUUGGUUUGACUAUCGUUCUUGGAAGUUAGUAUGGUCAUUGAAGCUAUCUUAUUUUUGACGUUGUUGUCACCUAACAGACUAGCUCAAUUUUAGGAAAACUAGAGAAUAUAGAAAAAAAUUGUCAUUAAGUAGAAACAGCAAAUUAAAAUUGCAGAAAAACAAGGGAAAGAAAUUAAAGAUAGGAUUGAGAAAUGCAUGUGCUGGGAGUCUAUAGUUUUGGAAGUUGAUGUGCAUAUUGGUCAUUUUUUUAAUGACCUGAAACCAAUUAUACUACUAGUAAUAAACAGAGUACAUAAGCAGUAUAUAUAGAAAAUUAAUUAAAGGAGAAAUUUCUCAGCAGCUUUUAUGACUGAGCACUGCAAAUUUAUCACUAUGUACUAUACUCACUUUCUGCCUACCAUAUCUUAAGCCCCGAUUUCUGCUUCAAGUUUACUACUUGUAAAUAUAAAUAGCCCCUCCAUAUCCCCCUCAACUGGUAUUAAAGCUAUUUAGUUACUAUCUCUCAUCCUUCCUUAUUAAUUAACUCUCAACUUCUCUCAUCAAUGGCUGUUCCUGCAACAUUCUCCACAGUAUACUCUUCUUUAUUAUUAACACUAUUAUUAUUAAGCUUUUGCUUCUAUGGGACUUUUGCUGAUUAUGGAGGCUGGCAAAAUGCUCAUGCCACAUUCUAUGGAGGGGGUGAUGCUUCUGGCACAAUGGGUGGUGCUUGUGGUUAUGGCAAUUUGUACAGCCAAGGAUACGGAACCAACACUGCAGCACUAAGCACAGCACUGUUCAACAAUGGCUUGACAUGUGGGGCUUGUUACGAGCUCACUUGCAUCGAUGACCCUCAAUGGUGCAUUCCGGGAACUAUUACUGUCACUGCCACAAAUUUCUGCCCUCCAAAUCCAUCAGAGCCAAAUGACAAUGGUGGAUGGUGCAAUCCUCCUCGCCAACACUUCGAUUUGGCUGAGCCUGCUUUCUUGCAAUUUGCCCAAUACAGAGCUGGAAUUGUCCCUGUAUCUUACAGAAGGGUGCCCUGCAACAAGAAAGGAGGAAUAAGGUUUACAAUUAAUGGAAACUCUUAUUUUAACUUGGUUUUAUUGACAAAUGUUGGAGGUACUGGGGAUGUUAAUUCAGUCUCUAUUAAGGGGUCUGGGUCUGGAUGGCUGACAAUGUCAAGAAAUUGGGGCCAAAAUUGGCAAAGCAAUUCCUAUCUCACUGGUCAGAGUCUUUCAUUUCAAGUGACUACAAGUGAUGGAAGGACUAUUACAAGCUAUAACAUUUCACCCGCUAACUGGCAAUUUGGGCAAACUUUUGAAGGGAUUCAGUUUUAAUUUCAGCAACAAACUUUAGCUAAAAAAAGAAAAAGAGAUAAUGGCCAAAAACACACUCGAACUAUCGUGGUUUCGUGAGUUUCACACCCCAACUAUGGGCUGUUCUCUUUUCCUACUUGAACUAUCACCAUCUAUGUAUUAAAACACACCUCGAGUAGAUCAUUAUAGUUCAGACAAGAAAAGGGAACAAAAUUGAUCUGAUCAGCUUCUAGAUUUGUUUUAAUACAUAGAUGGUGAUAGUCCAGAUAUAAAAAGAGAACAACUUAUAGGUGGGGUUGAAACCCGCAAAAAAUGAUAAUUCAAGUGUGUUUUUGAUCAUUAACUUCUAAAAAAAAAAAG